GCCGCCGCGGCUCCUCGCGCGGGUGCCCGGUUCGCCAGUGCUCGCCGGUGCCCGCCUGCUGCUGCUCGCCUCCGGUGUGCUCCGUUGUCCCCCUUUCUAGCGGCUUAAAAUACUGAAACUUUAUUUUGGUCACGUUGACCAUGUGACCCCCAGAGACGAUGACUCAUAAGUGCCUGUCCCAGGAUGAGGCCGCCGAAGGAAAUCUUGGAGGAGCGCGGAACCGCGGCGCUCCCGCCCAGAGGGCGAGGCAGGCCAAGUUUCCUUCCCUCCCGGGCGCACGGUCGUGGCUCUUCCCGGUGAAUCUUCCAGCGCCCGGCGCACUCGCGCUGUGCGCGGGGUGGGAGGCCAUCCUGGAAGCAGGUCAGGAGUCUCCCGCGACGGACGGACGCACCGCCGCGGCCGCUCUGGAAGUCCGAGUCCACCGGGAGGACCGGCGCUCACUGCACGGAGCAGCCCGGAGCCACGCGAGGUGGCCCGGAGGAUGAUGCCCCCUGCCCGUGAAAGUCAGCACUGGUGCACGUGGGCAGGUGAUACCGGAAACAAAGGAGAGGGCAGAAACCUCCAACUUGGGGGGGCGGGGGGGGGAUGGAAAGUUGAAGGAGAAGCAGAACUCCAACCCCUCUAUGUGCGUCUUGUAUGGUUUGCAGUGGAACAUUUCAUUACUCAGAUGUUAUCUUUUUUCCCUUGCUACCGUUCAAGACAACUAGCAGAAUCAGCGAAAGGUCCCCGUUCGAGAAUUUUGGCGUUAAGAUUUGAAUGUCAAAGUGAAUUCUGUGCCAAUCCUAACAACAUGCGUUCUUUUUCUAGUGUUCACAAGUAAAAAAUCUCUAAAGUUUUCCAGAAAUAAAGAUGUCCCAAAA